CUGUUAGUGGUUAUUUGUGCGUCAGUGAGCCAACAUCUAGGAUUUGUAAUUGUGCAGGUUUAGUAGCUGCAGGUAUGGCGGCCACAUCUCCGCCUAUGAUCCUACAAAUAAGUGUUGUCGCUGUGCUUGUCUCUGUGUGUUGUAGCCACUACAUUGUGACCACACCCCGUAAGUGGACUCCUGGAGAAACAGUACAAGUGUGUGUGUUCACCUUCAACAGCACCUCUCCAGAUAAUGUAAUAACAGCAGGUGUCACAAAUAAGAGAGGUGAUAAGUCUAUUGUGCCUACCAGAACCAUCAGCCUGCCUCCAGGUAAAACUGAACUAUGCGACAGAGUGAUCGUCCCUGUCAUGAAACGCAAUCGUGGUUUCCUGAAAAUAACAGGACACUUGGGCGGGAAAAAUGUCUCUUAUGAGAAAAAGAUAAAAUUUGCAAAUCCUAUUGUCAAAACGUUCAUCCAGACCGACAAGUUCCUGUAUAAACCAGAACAGGAUGUACAGUUCAGAGUCCUGACGCUGAUGGGACCUUUUCUGAAGGUUUCCACCGAUAAGUACCCUCAUGUAUGGGUGGAAAAUCCUUCUGGCAGUCGUAUUGCUCAGUGGACGGACGUAGAUAAUCGUGCCGGACUUAUACACUUAUCCCUGAGACUUACGGAUGAGCCCGAAGAGGGAACAUACAUGAUCCAUGCAAGUCCACCUGGCAACGGAAAGCCAGUAAUUCGAACCUUCAAGGUGGAGGCUUAUGUACUGCCCCGCUUCCAAGUUACUGUGACUCCUCCCAGUUAUAUCCUGGGAUCAGACGAGAAGUUUAAUGUCACUGUUUGUGCAAAGUACACGUAUGGUCAACCUGUGAAGGGGAAUGUGACUCUAAACAUCAAAUCCCAAAACAAUAGAAGACGAGAUGUUUUAAAAUUAAGAUCAGAUUUCAUGGCGAAACCUGGCUGUAAAAGCAUUGAGGUGUUUUCAGGUUUCUUAAUCCCGGGACCAUAUGAUGUAAUGCUCUCCAAGUUGGUUCUAAUAGCAGUUGUUGUGGAAGAUGGGACGGGACUGGAGAUGAGUGGUGAGACAGAGGCUGUGGUUCACCGCAAGGCAAUAACAUUUACCUCUGUUGGAAGAGAGAAAUUCAGAAAACCAAAUCUGCCCUUCACUGGACGGGUUAAAGCAACUUUUCCUGAUGGUUCUCCUGCUGGAGGUGAACCAAUGACAGUUUGUGUUUCUACAACGUGCAAAACCAUCCUUACACCUUCAGAUGGUAUCCUGGAAUUCAUUACCUCUACAGCUGAUACUGUUGUGAUUAAAUCUAAUAGGUACCAGGCCAUCAGAAUGCCAGCACUGAGAUCCUUUGACUACGUCGAGUCACCUUUAUACCGAUACAGAGAUAUCAUGUCUGAAUCUAAAUACAUAUACAGCGUGGACAAUAUGAAGAGCUACUUCUCCCCAUCACAAUCCUCCCUCAUCAUCUAUGCUCCUGCGGGCCAUUUAGCAUGUCAAACAGGGGACUCAAGAGAGCAUGUGAUCCAAGUGUUGUAUGCUGCAGUCAAUCAGGCCAGAGCCAAUGUUACAGUUCAGGUUGUGUCACGAGGACAGAUCCAGUAUUCCAACACAAAAGAGUAUGAGCUUCUUAUGACUUCCUUGCCUCUUGAUGAAGGUCGGUUGGUAGAACCUUUGCCGCCACCUCCCAGUAACAUUGUCAGAGGAUUUAUUGAAAUACCUAUCAGUAUUUUACCCACAGUCUCACCCCUAGCAAAGGUGGUGGUGUGGUACAUCCGUCACGACGGUGAGGUGGUGUCUGAUGUUAAGGAGCUGGAAAUACACAAGUGUUAUAACAACAAAGUUGACCUAGCAUGGUCGCACUCAAGGGUCCAGCCGGGGGAAGACGUUAAUGUGAAUUUGUCUGCAGAACCUCAGUCUUUGUGCAGCCUUGGCGUAGUGGACAAGAGUGUUGAGUUGCUGUCGUCCCAGAAUGAUGACCUUACUGUGGAUGAAAUAUUUAAAAUAGUCGAGAAUUCCAUGAUUCUUGAGUGGGAAAAUGCUCAGUCAGAUGACACGAAGUAUUGUCAAAGGCAGGCUGAACAAG